GUCUUCUUAAAGCUUUCGGGCACUUUUUACCUUUUACUUUUCUCAUUACCCUAGCCCUUACUCUCAUUAGCAGAACCGACGAACAUGGCACCCGUCGACUUAUCCAUUAACUCUGUCUUCAGCGUCAAGGGCAAGGUAGCGCUCGUUACCGGCGGCGGAUCCGGUAUUGGCAAGGCCAUCAGCGCCGCGCUGAUUCAGAAUGGCGUAGCCAAGGUGUACAUCGCGGCACGGAAGGAGGCGCAGCUGGAGCAGGCUGUGAAAGAGCUCAACUCGGUACGGGAGGGGAGCGUGGAGUACAUUGUGGCCAACUUGAACUCAAAAGCGGGUGUAGACAAGCUUGUGGAGGAGGUCAAGCGCCGCACGUCCAAGAUCCAUAUCCUCGUGAACAACUCGGGCGUGUCGUGGGGCGCGCCGUUCCGUGAUGUGCCGGAACAGCAGGGCUGGGAUAACGUUAUGGCGGUUAACGUGAAGAGUAUCUUCUAUCUGACGGUCGGGCUCGUGGACCUCCUUACGAAGGACUCGACCGCGUACGAUCCUGCACACGUUAUCAACAUCUCCUCCACCGCCUCGGUCACUCCUCAUACGGAGUCCGUUACGAGCGCCGAUGGAAAUGGGACCAUUGCUUACAACGUCAGCAAAGCGGCUGUUAACCACCUUACGUCGAUUCUCGCCGUCAAGCUCGGCCCCAGCCACGUCUGCGUGAACGCAAUUUGCCCUGGCAUCUUCCCAUCCAAAAUGACUGCAUUCGCGUUCAAGACCUCUGGCGAGGAGAAAAUCGCAGAGCAUCAACCUACUGGCCGGACCGGCAUCCCCCAGGAUCUUGCUGGAAUCGCGCUCUUCCUGUCGUCGUCGGCGUCUGCGCACGUUACCGGCGCUCAUAUCCUUCUCGACGGCGGCCAUACUCUGGCAGUUCAGGGUAUAGCACCUCAGCCGAAGCUGUAGUCCGAUGGAUGCAUAAGUUAUUAGGUUCGAGUUUUCGGUUGUUAUAAAUGGUAGAAAUGAUGUGUACUGUCCUCGUCGGUUGCUUUCCGUCGUCCUUUCGCACUCC